CAACGUUUCUUUGUCUGAACUCAACAUUAUCUAGACACUCUCCACAGCUAGCCCACUCUACUUAAAAGCUGACACACCCCACCCUCUCAUUCCUAUAUUCACACACCACUCAACACUUCACUCUUCACUUCAGAUUUUGCCUUAGAUUUACUUGCAUUUCCCCAGUAAUCUCUCUCUCUCUUCACUUCAGGUUCUGCUUGGAUUUUCUUGCAUUCCCCCAGUUUGAAGUAAGAGUUGUGACCAAAAUGGGGAGGAUUGGAGUACCCUUUAUAGGGUUCUUGUUGUUGUGCUGUAUGGUAGCUGUUUCAGAAGCAGAAUACAUGAAAUAUAAAGACCCAAAACAGCCUUUGGGUGUAAGGAUCAAGGAUUUGAUGAAAAGAAUGACACUUGAAGAAAAGGUUGGUCAGAUGACUCAGAUUGAGCGCAAGAUUGCUUCACCAGAUAUUAUGAAGCAGUAUUUUAUUGGUAGUAUAUUGAGUGGUGGAGGGAGUGUGCCAGCACCAAAAGCAUCGGCUGAAACUUGGGUUAAUAUGGUUAAUGAGUUUCAGAAGGGUGCUCUUUCGACAAGGCUUGGAAUUCCUAUGCUUUACGGUAUUGAUGCCAUUCAUGGCCAUAACAAUGUCUAUGGUGCAACGAUUUUUCCUCACAAUGUUGGCCUCGGAGUUACCAGAGAUCCUGAACUUGUCAAGAAAAUAGGGGCUGCAACAGCUCUUGAAGUCAGGGCUACUGGAAUUCCUUACACAUUUGCUCCUUGUAUUGCGGUUUGCCGUGACCCACGAUGGGGCCGUUGUUAUGAAAGCUAUAGCGAAGAUCAUAAGAUUGUUCAAGCAAUGACUGAAAUUAUACCUGGUUUACAGGGCGACAUGCCAACUAACUCUCGCAAGGGCGUCCCUUUUGUCGGCGACCAGACGAAAGUUGUGGCCUGUGCAAAGCAUUUUGUUGGAGAUGGUGGCACGGUCAAAGGCAUUGAUGAAAACAACACGGUGAUAGACUUUAAUCACUUGCUUAGCAUCCACAUGCCUGCGUACCUUGACUCCAUCAGAAAGGGUGUGGCGACUGUAAUGGUUUCCUACUCAAGCUGGAAUGGUAAAAAGAUGCACGGAAAUCGUGACCUUGUAACUGGCUUUCUUAAGGACAAGCUCAAGUUCAGGGGUUUUGUCAUAUCAGACUGGGAGGGUAUUGACAAGAUUACUUCGCCACCUCAUUCAAACUAUUCUUAUUCAGUUCAAGCUGGUGUUCAGGCAGGAAUAGACAUGAUGAUGGUUCCUGAGAACUUCACAGAGUUCGUAGACGAUUUGAUCUUGCAGGUGAAGAAUAAUAUUGUGCCUAUGAGCAGGAUUGAUGAUGCUGUAAAGAGGAUUUUGAGGGUCAAGUUUGUAAUGGGUCUUUUUGAGAAGCCACUGGCUGAUCUAAGCCUUGCUGCGCAGCUAGGAAGUCAGGAGCACAGACAGUUGGCUAGGGAAGCUGUAAGAAAAUCUCUUGUACUUCUGAAGAAUGGAAAAACUUCCGCUACACCUUUGCUCCCACUUCCGAAGAAAGCCCCAAAAAUACUUGUUGCUGGAACUCACGCCAAUGACUUAGGUUAUCAAUGUGGGGGAUGGACUAUCGAGUGGCAGGGUCUUCAGGGAAAUGACCAUACUGUUGGUACUACAAUAUUAACUGCUGUGACAAAAGCAGUUGAUCCUUCAACAAAAGUCAUCUACAAUGCAAACCCCGACACAGAAUUCGUCAAGUCCAAUGAAUUCUCUUACGCAAUUGUUGUUGUCGGUGAACCACCUUACGCUGAAUUUGACGGUGAUAACACAAAUCUAACAAUACCAGAACCUGGCGCCAGCACCAUAACCAACGUGUGCAAAGCUGUCAAAUGUGUCGUCGUCCUCAUCUCCGGGCGUCCUCUUGUCAUUGAGCCCUAUAUUUCAAACACUGAUGCAUUUGUGGCUGCAUGGCUUCCAGGAACUGAAGGCCAAGGUGUUACUGAUGCACUAUUCGGUGAUCAUGCAUUUACUGGCAAGCUUGCAAGAACUUGGUUCCGCACAGUUGAUCAGCUUCCAAUGAAUGUCGGUGAUGCACAUUAUGAUCCUUUGUUUCCUUUCGGAUUCGGCCUAACAACAAAGGCCAUCGUAAACUAAAAGAAGCAUACUACUAUUGAACUUUGUGGCUUUGUAUGUGAGUUAGUGUAAUAUACUAGAAUGAAUUGUGAGGGUGUCUGCAUAUCCCUUCUAAUUACUGAAGUAUGUAACUCAGUAUUUUCUCCAAGUUAGAAGGGAUUGUAAAAGGGUUUGAUUCUGUAAUGAAACUCCAUAAUUAAGCUA